AUGCUAGACGCAGAAGAUGCUAUCCAGCUCAUAAAUGAGGACAAGGAGUUCAAUCAAGAUACGUUGACCCACUUCAGGAAAUGUAUUGGAGAUAGGGAUGUAGGUGUCGACUACCAUGUGAUCUCCGUAUUUGGAUCACAGUCCAGUGGAAAGUCCACGUUGUUGAAUGCUCUGUUCAACACAACCUUUGAUACGAUGAAUGCCCAAAUUAAGAGGCAGCAAACUACGAAGGGUAUUUGGUUAGGAUACACUCGAAACGUUACUAAUUCCGGCUCUCCAGCUCCUCCUCACAAAGAUACUUUUGUGCUUGAUGUUGAAGGGUCUGAUGGUGCUGAACGGGGUGAGGAUCAAGACUUCGAGCGAAAGGCUGCAUUGUUUGCAAUUGCCAUAUCCGAGGUUUUAAUUGUCAAUAUGUGGGAACAACAAGUUGGGCUGUACCAGGGGAACAAUAUGGCCCUGCUCAAAACAGUUUUCGAAGUUAACUUGUCGUUGUUUGGCCAUAAGAAAAAUGAUCACAAAGUAUUGUUACUUUUCGUUAUCAGGGAUCAUAUCGGAGUUACUCCUUUGUCAAGCUUGCAGGAGACAUUAGAAACAGAGCUAGUUAGUAUUUGGUCCCAGCUAAGUAAGCCCGAAGGGACCGAAGAAUCCUCCCUGUACGACUUUUUCGAUUUGAAGUUUGCAGCUCUUGCUCACAAACUUCUACAACCAGACCAAUUCAUGGAAGGAGUUAAAAAGCUAGGAGACUCGUUCACAUUGGAGAAAAGAGAUUCAAGCUACUUUAAGCCGGACUAUCACCACAAUUUACCAUUAGAUGGCUGGACCAUGUACGCCGAGAAUUGUUGGGAGCAAAUUGAAACGAAUAAAGACCUAGAUUUGCCCACGCAACAAAUUCUAGUUGCUCUUUUUAAAACUGAUGAAAUUGCCAGCCAAGCGUACGCUAAUUUCACUGAGAAUUAUGAGUCUCGUGUGGGAAGCUCCAACCAAGAAAAUAUGGCUUCUAUUCUGCAGCAGCUUAAAACAGAGUGCCUGCAAGAAUACGAUACAUAUGGUUCGCGAUAUGCACGCGCGGUCUAUUUAGACAAGCGUAAUGAAUUGGUUGAAAAAAUACAAUUGAGAUUUACUGAAACUUUGACUUCUUACUUGUUGGAGCUAAGCGAUCAUUUGGUUUCACAGUUUAGAAAAGACGUUCUGGAUAAGACAAGUGAGAAGUCGUUCAUUGAAAAACUAAGUGCUGCUAAGGAAAAUGUCCUGCAGAAAUUUGAAGCCAUUACAUCUGAAUUCACCAAGCUAGAAUUGGUUUCUUCUCUAGUUAAAGAAAAUGACAAAUUCAACUCUGUAGUUGAACAAGAAGCAGUUGACCUACAAGAGAAGCAAUUAAACGUCAUUUAUGCUCGUAGCAGUAAAUUCAUUUCAUCAAAUUUGAAAGAAGAAGUCACAUUUUUAUUGGGCCAUCCGGACCCUAGCUUGUGGGAUUUGGUCUUGGAAAAGUUCAAUGAGAUAUUUGACAGAGCUUUAAAAAGAUAUCAAGUUGAUUCCGAUAAUUAUGAUUUCCAAUUAGGUUUUUCUGCCGAUAGAAACAAAGAGGUUUAUACCAAAAUUCGCAUAAAUGCUUGGAUUAGUCUUUACGACAUUGUUCGUGACUACCUGACUGAAGAUAUGGUAGUAUCCAUUCUUCGCGAGCGGUUCGAAAACUAUUUCCGCUAUGACGAAAAUGAGUCGCCCAGAUUGUGGAAGAAUGGAGAAGAGAUUGAUAACAUUUUCCGAGUAGCUCGUGAACAGGCUCUCGAUAUUCUCGACGUUCUUUCAACCGCUUCGACGUCAAACUGUGCCGAAAUUAUACCAGAUGUUCCUCUAAGCUCUGAGAGUGAUGAUCACAUUUAUGAAGAUGAAGAGGGAGUCUAUCAUUCUGCUCGAUUCGCUCAUAUUUUUACCGCCCAACAGAAGGAGAAAAUCUUACAGAAAUUUAAGCGCCAGGCUGAUUACACUGUAAUUGAGGCAAAGAGGUCAACCAUUAAGACUACGACUCACAUUCCGCUGUAUAUUUAUGCCUUGAUGGCAGUCUUGGGCUGGAAUGAAUUCAUGAUGAUCAUACGGAAUCCAUUGUUUGUCACAAUUAUUUUGAUACUUGGUGUUGGUUUCUUCUUUAUUCAUAAGCUAAAUCUCUGGAAUCCAUUGAUUACAGUAAUUAAUACCGUGGUCAACGAAUCAAGGCAGGUUGUCAAGGAUAAAUUGAGAUCGUUUUUGGUGGAUGAUCAUCCUCAGCCAUCGAUUUCCAGGCAGGGAACGACAGAAGAAUUCGAAUUGCAAGACCUUAUCAAACCAACUGAGACGAAAGAUUCUCAGAGCGAACAGGAUUCUACAAUUUAG